AUGGACUCACUUAUUGCAGCCAAUACCAAAUUUUGCUUUGACCUUCUUCAAAAGAUUAGCAAAGAUGAUUACCAUAGAAACAUCUUUUUCUGCCCUCUGAGCCUCUCAGCUGCCUUUGGCAUGGUCCGCCUGGGAGCUAGAAGUGACAGUGCACACCAGAUUGAUGAGGUACUACAUUUCAACGAGCUUUCCCACAGUGAAAGCAAAGACUCUGACCCUCCUUGUGUAAAAAGCAAAAAAGAAGUGUCGCCCGAUAGCUCUCAGGAAGGGCAGAAACAAAUGUCAGCAUCUCAGGACCAGCAGGACAAAUCUUCAAGCGACAACAAGCUGCUCAACUGCUACUUUGGAACACUUCUAUCUAGGUUAGAUCGGGCCAAAGAGUACUUCACGCUAAGCAUGGCCAACAGGCUUUAUGGAGAGAAGGAAUUCCCGAUCUGCCCGGAAUACAUAGAUGGUGUGAUUGAGUUUUACCACACGACGAUUGAAAGUAUUGAUUUUAGAAAGAAUACUGAAGAGUCCAGACAACGGAUUAACUUCUGGGUUGAAAGUCAAUGUGAAGGUAAAAUCAAAGAUCUGUUCAGCAAGGACACCAUUGAUAGUUCCACUGUGCUGGUCCUGGUGAAUGCUGUUUACUUCAAGGCCAAGUGGGAGAAAAGCUUUGCCUGUGAAAACACAGUGGAUGCACCUUUCUCUCUAAGUGAGAAUGAAAAGAAGACCGUAAAGAUGAUGAACCAGAAAGGCCGGUUUAGAAUUGGAUUCAUCGAGGAGCUGCAGACGCAGAUUCUGGAGAUGAAGUACACCCUGGGACACCUCAGCAUGUUCAUCCUGCUGCCACCGUGCUCAGAAGACAACAUGAAGGGUCUGCGAGAGCUUGAAAACAAAAUAAGCCAUGAAAACAUAUUGACCUGGAGUAGCUCAGAAAACAUGUCCGAAGAACCAGUGGACAUUUCUUUCCCUCAGUUUAUCCUGGAAGGGAGCUACGAUCUCAAUUCUCUUCUGCAAGACAUGGGCAUUGUAGAUAUCUUCGAUGAAACCAAGGCUGAUCUUAGUGGAAUCUCUCAAAGUCCCAACCUAUACUUGUCUAAAAUUAUCCACAAGAGCUUUGUGGAGGUGGAUGAAAUUGGCACACAGGCAGCUGCAGCCAGCGGGGCUGUUGCUGCAGAAAAGUCACUUCCAUCUUGGGUGGAGUUCAAUGCCAACCACCCUUUUAUCUUUUUCAUCCGACACAACAAAACCCAGACAAUUCUGUUCUAUGGCAGGGUCUGCUCUCCUUGAGGUGGGAACACUGGUUGGUAUCACACGGGCACUGGUGUUUUCGCACAUAUCUAAAGCUGACUACUUUCUGUUACCACCACCCACUCUCUUCCUCUUGCCACCAGCCCGAGUGUUGUCUCCCAGUUUUCCCAUCACGUGGAAGCUUUACCAUGUCUGUUUGUU